UUCUUUCAACAGCAACAACAGUCAGUCACCCACCUCGGUAGCUUGCUAGACAAAAUAGCCGAACCAAUAAAGCUCUUUUGACGCUUUAGUGUAUAUUAGCAACUGUGGUUUAAACCCACUUCUGUCGUCUAGAUAGUUAUCCGAUUUAAUUUCAUAUUUACGGUGUUGUUGUUAUUAUUCAGCUAGCGGGCUGGUUAAGUUAGCAUUAGCAUAGCUAGCGGGCUGGUUAAGUUAGCAUUAGCCUAGCUAACAUCCCCGACCAUGCGGUCACUAAGCUACUCCCCUGCUAAAGAAGAAAUAGAUAUCACGGUAAAACAAGAAGUAGAGGAAGAGGCCGUUACUGUGAAAGAAGAAAAAGACGCAUUCAGAGUGAAAGAGGAAGAGGAGGAUGUUACGGUAAAAGAAGAGGAGAAGAAAGAGGAAGAUGCUUUCAGAGUGAAAGAGGAGGAUGUUACAGUAAAAGGAGAGGAUGAUGCAGUUUAUGGAGUGAAAGAGGAUGAGGGAGAGAUGACUGUUACAUUGAAAAGGGAGGAGGAAGAAGAGGAGGAAACUGGAUUUCUGGGCCCGGUUUCCCAAACGCAUCUUACGGCAACCAAUGGUUCUAACGAUGAAUUUAGCCAUAAGAUGGUUUUGAGAAACCGUCCCCUGAUUAACACUAGAGAGAGACGGGACUUUCGUGGAUCCUCUGUGGAGCCUCAACCACAUCAUGAUGCUGACAAGGCAGAGAUAAGUCUCUCCAGAUCAGAACUCAAGAAACACCAGCGAUUACACACAGGAGAGAAAUCUUUCUGCUGCUCUGACUGUGGAAAAAUAUUCAACUCUUCAGUAAACCUUAAGAUACAUCAACUAAUUCACACUGGAGAGAAAUAUUUUGGCUGUGAUCAAUGUGGGAGGAGUUUUUCUACAUCUAGCUAUCUAACUAUACACCGGAGAACACACACAGGAGAGAAACCUUAUAGCUGUAGUCAGUGUGGGAAAGGUUUUGGUACAUAUAGCUGUCUGGCAACACACCGGAGAACACACACAGGAGAGAAACCUUAUAGCUGUACUCAAUGUGGGAAGAGUUUUGGUGCAUCUGGCUGUCUGACAAAACACCAGAGAACACACACAGGAGAGAAACCUUAUAGCUGUGAUCAAUGUGGGAAGAGUUUUGGUACAGCUGGCUGUCUGGCAACACACCGGAGAACACACACAGGAGAGAAACCUUAUAGCUGUACUCAAUGUGGGAAGAGUUUUACUCAUUCAACCAGCCUGAUAGCACACCAGAGAACACACACAGGAGAGAAAUCUUAUAGCUGUGAUCAUUGUGGGAAGAGUUUUGGUACAGCUGGCUGUCUGGCAACACACCGGAGAACACACACAGGAGAGAAACCUUACAGCUGUACUCAAUGUGGGAAGAGUUUUACUCAGCUAAGCAGCCUGAUAUCACACCGGAGAACACAUACAGGAGAGAAACCUUAUAGCUGUAAUCAAUGUGGAAAGAGUUUUGCUUCAUCUGGCCUUCUGACUGUACACCAGAGAAUACACACCGGAGAGAAACCUUAUUGCUGUGAUCAAUGUGGAAGAAGUUUUACUCAGCUAAGCAGCCUGGUAUCUCACCAGAGAACACACACAGGAGAGAAACCUCAUAGCUGUGAUCAAUGUGGGAAGAGAUACUCUGAUAAAAGAUCUCUGACUAAACAUCAGAAAAUACAUGGAGUUGUUUCAUGAUAUCAAUGAAAUAAUGUAGAAUUUUUUAAUAUUGUACUAUUUAAAGGAAUGUCAGAAUGUAGAACCCUAAACACUUUCUCUGAAUUGAAAGAGUUACUAUUUAUGAGAUUUAACAAAAAUAGAGCUGUGUUACACAUACCAUGUUGGUGACCCACUUGAAUCAAAAUGCAACAUUCCAAAGUGUUUAGGUUUUCAAUAUAUCCCAAACUGUUUCUCCAUAUUGGUUAUUGAUUUGGACACGUUAAAACUGUGUUUUGACAUUGCGCUAUUCCCAUUUAGCAAAAUGUAAUUGAAAAGAAGACUAUGCCCAACGUCCAAUAUAUGCUUUGUCCAGUAUAUGUUUGGUUGUAGUUGAAAGUGAAAGUUGAAAAGAUGUCUUUUCAGGUCGAUUUUUUUCCAAUGACUUAAUCUGCUUAAUUUCAACGUACUUGCAGCCGAUACACCUAUAAUCAAUUUUAUUAACAAUCUGACAUCACUCCAGUAUUUUCUUGACAACAUUCAAGUGCUAAUUGUCUUUAUUCCACUACUGAAGAAGCAUGAUUCAAAUCACCUCAUAUUUCAAACAUUCAGCCUGACAAAAGAUACAUGUUUUAUUAUUCCAGCCUCACCAUUAAGUUAAUUAUUGCCAAUAGAUAUUAACAAAGGGGUGUACAUUUGGUUUUGAUAUUUCAUAUUUACAAUUAUGUAACAUUUAGUAAUCAUAGUUAUUCAUGCAACCAACUUGACAUUUUUGGGUACAUUUAUAUUGACGUCAUUAUCCUGCUUUUAGAAUAUCAGGGUUAAUUCUCACAUGUGCCAACCCAAAUGUACUAGAGCAUGACAUUGGGGACUGGGCCCCGAUCCAACAACAUGCCUUUUUGAGUGAACCCUGAAAAGAGAGAGAAGCUCCGCAGUGAGGUGGAAAGUUACUAUGGAUAUCGCGUUUCCUCUUGAAAUCAGACAUGUCCGUCAUAGGGACAACUUGGUUGCUGAUUAUCUCAAGGCUGGGCAGUCAAAAGAUUUGUGUUUUGCAUUUAGCCAGUGAGUUACCAUGAUCCCAAUUUAUUUUGACACGUUUUUCUGUGUUGGAUAUUAGUUUUAUCUCUUAUUUUUUUUUAACUGCACUGUUGGGGGCUCGUAAGUAAGAGUUCCAGUGUUGUAUCCAGCGCAUGUGACUAAUACUAUUUGAGUUUUGUUUGGGCUCGUUCCAAGGGGACGAGAGUUCUAGAAGCUAGUGAGUUUUAGGAAGACGACAGUUCUAGAAGCUAGUGAGUUCUAGGAUUCUAUAGAAAGAAAAACGAUUGUAUAUUAUUAUUUAGAAAUAUGUUUUUUUCUUGUUUUUAAUUGUUGACAGCCAGUAGACACCAUGUUUAUAUUGUAGAAGGUGAAGCAUUGUAGAUGAUUAUGUGAAAUGGAAGUUGUAGAGAUACUCUGAAUGAUUGGCUAUGAAAAGCCAACUGACAUUUACUCCUGAGGUGCUGACCUGUUACACCCUCGACAACCACUGAGUAUUAUUAUUUGACCCUGCUGGUCAUCUAUGAACAUUUGAACAUCUUGACCAUGUUCUGUUAUAAUCUCCACCCGGCACAGCCAGAAGAGGACUGGCCACCCCUCAUAGCCUGGUUCCUCUCUAGGUUUCUUCCUAGGUUUUGGGGGAGUUUUUCCUAGCCACCCUGCUUCUACACCUGCAUUGCUUGCUGUUUGGGGUUUUAGGCUGGGCUUCUGUACAGCACUCUGUGACAUCAGCUGAUGUGAGAAGGGCUUUAUAAAUACAUUUGAUUGAUUGAUUGUACAACUGAAUGCAUUCAACUGAAAUGUGUCUUGGGAGCACUGAUUGGUGUCACCUCGUUAGUCAGUAUGUGUUACACCUGUGCUGGCUUGUCCAUCUCGUUAGUGGGAAGGUGUUUCACCUGAGCUGGUCCAGGUUCUAUUUAAGAGUGUCUGGCCCAGUGCUCCAGUUGUCUUGAUAGAUGUGGAGAAUCAACACCUUUUGUCGAUCCACCUUUUUGGUUUGCUUCCUGUCUUUAAGUUUGGUGUGGGUUUUUCUUUUGUUUGCCUCUUCUUGGGCAAAUUUAGUGGGUGUCAUGGUGGGUGUCUUUUAGGUCCCAGUUGUUGUUACUAGUCAAUUUUCAGUGGACACCCCCAUAGUGUCUUUCAGAGCCCCUCCUAAAAAAAAAACAAGCUUGAAUUUUAGGCUGGAUAAUGCAUCCAAUUAAUAUUUUAAUCAAUGGCAUUUCCUUAGGGUGCUCAUUAGUCUUUCAGUUGUUAGUCUUCUGUUUGUUGUGGACUAAAUAUUUCAUUUUAUUUGUUUUUUUCCUGUGACGCCAUUGUGUUGCAUCCAUGUCUGAAAUGUGCUGUAUAAAUAAGCUUGAUUUGAUUUCAACAACUGAACCCAAUGACUGACCAAUCAGACUCUUGGUCCCGCUUAGUAUUUGUUAAUGAAUAGAAUACAGUAUAUACAUAUGAGAUGAGUAAUACAUAGACCAAGAUACAGUAGAAUAGGAUAGAAUACAGUAUAUACAUAUGAGAUGAGUAAUACAUAGACUAAGAUACAGUAGAAUAGGAUAGAAUACAGUAUAUACAUAUGAGAUGAGUAAUGCCAGAUAUGUAAACAUGCAGGAGAUCCAUGAAGGAAAGAAAGUGAUGGUGCUCAGUGACGUUGUUGCAAAUGGUGGGGAACAACCAAUCACGAUGAGGCAUCGCCAGCUGUGAACGGUUUAGCUAGAGCCAACCAUGGAGAAUGUGAAUGCUACAUCAAGUGUUCCAAUGGUAAAAUGUGUGAGUUCAUUGUGACACGGUCACUUUGCCUACUGUUUAUGGGCCACGUUGGGAUGCAACCUUGUUUUCUUAUCAUUUUCUAAUAAAUGUUUUAUCAUCUUACCCUCGUUUUUUCUCCCAAAUUUCGAUCUUGUCUCAUCGCUGCAACUCCCCAAUGGGCUGGGGAGGCGAAGGUCGAGUCAUGCUUCCUUUGAAACAUGACCCGCCAAAUUGCGCUUCUUAAUUAACACCUGCAUGCUUGACCCGGAAGCCAGCUGCACCAAUGUGUUGGAGGAAACACCGUUCACCUGGCAUCCGAGGUCAGCCUGCAGUCGCCACAAGGAGUCGCUGGAAUAGUAAAGCCCCCCCCUCAUUAAAACAGUUGGUGGACGAAACGGAAAGAAAAAUAUAGUCUCCACUAUAGUCCGUGCUAUCUGGGAUCCAUCAGACUUCCUACCCCACUGACCUCUCCACCAUUUUACAGGGAAGUGUGAUGUAGGACCCAAAUGGAAAUUGUUUUCUGUUGUCCAACAAAAAUAUAGGAUAUAUUUGUUGUCUUAAGGGGGAAGGUGUUACAGUCUUUGGUUUUUCCAUUUAUGUUUUGAGGUUGGAUUUCAGUACAUCUAGCUCGUACUGAUUGGUGUCACCUCGUUAGUCAGUAUGUGUUACACCUGUGCUGGCUUGUCCAUCUCGUUAGGGGGAAGGUGUUUCACCUGAGCUGGUCCAGGUUCUAUUUAAGAGUGUCUGGCCCAGUGCUCCAGUUGUCUUGAUAGAUGUGGAGAGUCAACACCUUUAGUUGCGCCACCUUUUUGGUUUGCAUCCUGUCUUUAAGUUUGCUGUGGGUUUUUCUUUUGUUUGCCUCUUCUUGGGCAGAUUUAGUGGGUCUCAUGGUGGGUAUUGGGUCCCAGUUGUUACUAGUCAACUUUCAUUGGACAUCCCAUAGUGUCUUUCAGAGCCCAUCCUAAAAAACAAGCUUAUAUUUUUGGAUUGGAUAUUUUAAUCAAUGGCAUUUCCUUAGGAUGCUCAUUAGUCUUUAAGUUGGUAUUAUUGUUUUUUUAUCCUCUUAUGUUUGUGUACUAAAUAUUUCUGUUUAUUUUCAUUGUUUUUUCCUGAGAAGCCAUUGUGUUGCAUGUCUGAAAUGUGCUGUAUAAAUAAAGCUUGAUUUGAUUUGAACAUAUUGCAAAACAAAUUAACCCAAUGACUGACCAAUCAACAGACUGAUGGUCCAUCUUAGUAUGAAAAACAGUAUCACUUUUCCAGCCUGCUGAAGGAGUGGUAAACACCACCCCCGGCUCUACCAGGGGCUUGAGGUGGUCUCCCACAGCUCUGUUUGUCAUGUUUUGUGGCCUUGCAGUUCCAUUUCAUGACUGCCCCUGCAACACAGAAAGAAACACAUUUAGUCAUAUUAUACACUGCUCAAAAAAAUAAAGGGAACACUAAAAUAACAAAUCCUAGAUCUGAAUGAAUGAAAUAUUCUUAUUAAAUACUUUUUUCUUUACAUAGUUGAAUGUGCUGACAACAAAAUCACACAGAAAUGAUCAAUGGAAAUCAAAUUUAUCAACCAACCCGUGGAGGUCUGGAUUUGGAGUCACACUCAAAAUUGAACUGGAAAACCACACUACAGGCUGAUCCAACUUGGAUGUACCUUCCUUAAAACAAGUCAAAAUUAGGCUCGGUAGUGUGUGUGGCCUCCACGUGCCUGUAUGACCUCCCUACAACACCUGGGCAUGCUCCUGAUGAGGUUGCGGAUGGUCUCCUGAGGCAUCUCCUCCCAGACCUGGACUAAAGCAUCCACCAACUCCUGGACAGUCUGUGGUGCAACGUGGCGUUGGUGGAUGGAGCGAGACAUGAUGUCCCAGAUGUGCUCAAUUGGAUUCAGGUCUGGGGAACGGGCGGGCCAGUCCAUAGCAUCAAUGCCUUCUUCUUGCAGGAACUGCUGACACUCCAGCCACAUGAGGUCUAGCAUUGUCUUGCAUUAGGAGGAACCCAGGGCCAACCGCACCAGCAUAUGGUCUCACAAGGGGUCUGAGGAUCUCAUCUCGGUACCUAAUGGCAGUCAGGCUACCUCUGGCGAGCACAUGGAGGGCUGUGCGGCCCCCCAAAGAAAUGCCACCCCACACCAUGACUGACCCACCGCCAAACCGGUCAUGCUGGAGGAUGUUGCAGGCAGCAGAAGGUUCUCCACCGCGUCUCCAGACUCUGUCACGUCUGUCACGUGCUCAGUGUGAACCUGCUUUCAUCUGUGAAGAGCACAGGGUGCCAGUGGCGAAUUUGCCAAUCUUGGUGUCCUCUGGCAAAUGCCAAACGUCCUGCACAGUGUUGGGCUGUAAGCACAACCCCCACCUGUGGACGUCGGGCCCUCAUACCACCCUCAUGGAGUCUGUUUCUGACCAUUUGAGCAGACACAUGCACAUUUGUGGCCUGCUGGAGGUCAUUUUGCAGGGCUCUGGCAGUGCUCCUCCUGCUCAAAGGCUGAGGUAGCGGUCCUGCUGCUGGGUUGUUACCCUCCUACGGCCUCCUCCACAUCUCCUGAUGUACUGGCCUGUCUCCUGGUAGCGCCUCCAUGCUCUGGACACUACGCUGACAGACACAGCAAACCUUCUUGCCACAGCUCGCAUUGAUGUGCCAUCCUGGAUGAGCUGCACUACCUGAGCCACUUGUGUGGGUCGUAGACUCCGUCUCAUGCUACCACUAGAGUGAGAGCACCGCCAGCAUUCAAAAGUGACCAAAACAUCAGCCAGGAAGCAUAGGAACUGAGAAGUGGUCUGUGGUCACCACCUGCAGAACCACUCCUUUAUUGGGGGUGUCUUGCUAAUUGCAUAUAACUUCCACCUGUUGUCUAUUCCAUUUGCACAACAGCAUGUGAAAUUUAUUGUCAAUCAGUGUUGCUUCCUAAGUGGACAGUUUGAUUUCACAGAAGUGUGAUUGACUUGGAGUUACAUUGUGUUGUUUAAGUGUUCCCUUUAUUUUUUUGAGCAGUGUAUAAAACACUCAAAGUAAUGGAUAUGAUGCAUCUAUGGCCUCAGUUACACCUGGCACCUAAAUGUAACUUCUGUCAUCUCAUCACUCCAAGCUGCAUUAGGUUCAGAUCUACCAGGAUGGGCCUUUGAUGCAGUCAGGCCACCGGAUAUGCAUAAGCAAUAUAAAGAGAUGUGGGGAAAAGUACAUUUUACACCUUUAUAAAUCAAAUGUUAUAGGUCACAGGCAGAUGUUAUUGUAGUGAAAUGCUAGACAAGACAAGUAGGCACGCAAUGGAUUAUGGUCAUUGUAGUUAAUUAAGUUUUAUGAGCUAAACUAUGUAGAAUAUUGGCCUGUUGGAAACUACAACUCCCUACUACAUCACACAGUUCAGGCUGGGUCUGAUUUAUCUCUAGAGAAACUACAACUCCCUACAACAUCACACAGUUCAGGCUGGGUCUGAUUUAUCUCUAGAGAAACUACAACUCCCUACUACAUCACACAGUUCAGUCUGGAUCUGAUUUAUCUCUAGAGAAACUACAACUCCCUACUACAUCACACAAUUCAGACUGGGUCUGAUUUAUCUCCAGUCUAGCUCUAGACACACCCUCUCGGCAGACAGGCCAAAGGCGCUUGCUUGCCCCAAUUCAGGGAACCGUUGAUCAACUUCAGAGGAACUGUGUCUAGAGUGAUUUCCUGUUGUUUUGACACCUCACUAGAAGACUAGAAUACCUAGCUGUUGCUACAGAACGAGACGACCAAUUCACAGUUAGUCUGUGUCUCGUUCCCCACACACGGACACAUACCAAGAUCACGUGUUUUCUAUAUGCACAAGAUAGUUUGAGUAUAUAAGGCUUCUGAACUCCUUGUGUCAUCGAGCUCUCGGCCUUCCACCUCAGAGUGUAGGGCUGACCA